UGGCGAUUUAAAGUACCGUGUUGUUAUAAACUCAAGGAUUGAAAAUUUGAAAUUAUACGUUUUCUUUCUUAUUAAAGCAAGCUGUUUACCAGUAUUUGAACGAUGUAAUUGUUUGAAUUUGAAAUAGGAGUCUGUUUGAGUUUGUAAUGGCCACAUAUUUCACAAUUUAACAGAUAUGCGUAUAUGCGAGAUAUAGUCGUUGACAUAAAUAAAUGAUAUUUGGAUCUAUUGGAUGAAAGCAAGUCAUGAAAUUAAACCUUGUAUUUUUUUUCUGUUCUUUGAGAGCAGUUUUGUUUCAUGUUGAUGGAUUACGAUCAGUUUGUUUGCUACCAAAGGUGUAAUAGUUACCUAAACGCUGGAUAUAUUAAAAUCUACGAGAUAUAAACGAGAAAGCAAAAUUUGAGAUACUCAAAUUUCUGAAAGUAAGAAAAUGGCGUCCAGUACAAGUCAAGGAAAGACAAGCAAGAAAAUAAUGCGUCCUGUUGUGGUAAGAGUCUGAUAUUUUUUAAUGUUAUUUGAUUAAAAUGACUUAAAUCAUAAUGUAAUGAGUUUAAAAAUAUGUAUUAUAAACGUAUGAUGUAUUCAUCCAGAAACGAAUCCCCCCUGACACAUCAAUAUUUGGUGAUAUAGGUUGGUCUUCAGUUGUUAAUUGUGAACAUGCAUGUCCUGCAAGAUGAGACAGCCAAGAAAACCACCACUGAGGGACAGGAAAAUACUUCUGGCAAAUCAUUUGAUUGGUUUCAAGAAGAUCAAUUUCUGGUAUAAAUACAUAUUGCCCUAAUUUAUUAUUUCACUCUGUCUGAUGCCAGAUGAUUUUACUUUUGAAGGAGAGCAACAGGUUAAGUUGGUUAACACCCACACAUCCCCCCUUGAUGAGCAAAAUCAUUUGUCAUCAGGUAGAGUUCAAACAUUCACUUGUGUGUACUGUAUGUACAUUUGUAGUUGUCUGAUAAUUUACCUUGUUCAAAUGUUUCAAGGAGUGCUUCUAGUUUCCCAUUAAUUGCUAAACACUCAGAUUUUUGCCAGGUUCUCUGGUUUUCUCCUGUGGUGCUCUUUUCAAUAUAGGAUUAGUGGAUCUUUAGGGAGAACAUUUUAGCUAGAACUGAUAGGUAAAUGUCAGGUUUUUUUACCUUCUACUGGCAAAUAUGGCAUCACUCUAUCACAUGAAUUUGUGGUUAUAAUUAAUGGUCAGUAACUGGGCUCUGUAGCUCAGUUAGUUAGAGCACUGCACCGGAAUUGUGGGGCUGCAGCAGCCAAUUUGCAAUUCCCACCAGAGGGCUUAUGGUUGCAUUUUUCGGAACUGCUCUUGGUUAGGACCAAAAUAUUUGCUUUCGAAAAUCAAUCUACAAAAAACAUAUGUACUCGAGCUCUUAGAACUGAUAAAGCUAUUCAGUAUAAAGGCAAUGUAGUUAGACAGGCAUAUUGUGUUGUGUGGUAAUCAUGGAGAAAUUUUUAUUUAUACUCUUAAUUUAUUUUUAUAAGGGUAUCUUGAGAAGUCUAAGACUAGUUCUCAUGAACAGAAUAAAUUGUCCACAGCCUACUUCUUCAAAACAAAAUUAUCAGAGGCAGACCAAGGAACUCAAGUCAAGUAUAUAAGAUUAUUAUUGUUACUGCUAGUUGUUAUGGUCUUUUAGUUGAAAGUCAGUUGUGUCAGCUAGAAUUCAAGUCGGUUGUUUUCUUCUUUUUGUUUCAGUAGAGAAUGUAGCAGUCAGUUACAAUUUCAAGAAAAGACCAAGUAUUCCUGGUCAACAUUUUGUUCUGCAAAAUUCCGAGAGUCAGAGUGUAAUUAUUUUAAUAUUUAUGCAAAAACAGUUUUCCUUGUAGAAUAUGACAUAAUAGACAUUUGUAAAAAAGAAUAAUAUUAAUUUUAUAAAGAAAUACAGGGAUGAAUUUACUGGGGGGUGCAUACCCCACCCAGCGCUGGCCAGAGAGGGUGAAGGCGGGAUGCUAUUUUCUGUGAUAAAGCAAAAAAAAUAUUAGAGACAAAAUGAGUACAGUAAUUUGAGUAAUAACAUGAUGAUAAGUGAACUGUGAACAACAAUUACAAUACAAAUACAGUAGUCAAGCAAGACUUUGCAGUAGUGAAGCAGGUUGAUGGGUGGGCGGCACACAUGACUGACACAAUUUGGCACCAGAGCUGGUAGAGUAUCCCCCACCCCCUACCAGAUCAUGCUGGAUCCAUCCCUGAAGAAAUAAGGCUACCUCAGUCACGAUUAUGUUAUGACGAGCGUUUUAUUAGUAUUAUUAGAACUGAUUAGUCGCUCCCUUUUUGAGGUCAAAUUUGUGCACUAAUAGUUAAAAUUGCUUUGUUCUUUUUAUUAUUUUUUAAAAAAGAUUUACUGCUUGUGUGGAGAGAAAGUCACAAAGACUAGGAGAAAUGGUACUUAUAUUACACUGAUUUUUAGUUUUUUACAUGAAAGCCGUUUGCAAGAAAUAUGUCAAAUUUUCCAUUCAACAGUGAACUACAAAAGCUACUCUAUUUUUCACGAAACGUUGGAAGUAAUGGUAAAGAAGUGUGUCAGAAUUGAACUAGAAAGCGAUCAAUCAGAUAGCGUGCAGAAGGUGUGGAUUGCCUGAUCUUUCAGUUAAAUAAUUAAAUGAAUAAAUGCACUGGUCAGUAUAAAUGGCCAAACUCUAGUUAACUCCGAUCCUACGUCAUCAAUUUUCCAUCUCACUAUCUUUGCCACAAAAUGCGCGAGCUCAGAAUGGAUGAUUUUAGCUACAGACUAAAUUUUGAUCUCGGCAAGAAGAACAAAAUCCAUCACCACAGCUAGAAAGAGCAUGUUAAAAUUAGUAAAAUUGCAAAGUUUGGUUGCGAAAUGUUGUAAAAUGAGGGAAAUAUAGCCGUAUGAAAUGUGCCGAAAUUCUGUAUUAAUUUGUAUUACGCACGGGAAAAUGCACCACUUUGGACCCAAAUGUGAUGCAUUUUCCCGCGCGUAAUACAAAAUUUUUAUAUUUCGCAGUGCAGUGCUAUAUUUUCCGCAUUUCACAACACUUCGCGGCCAAACUUUGCAGUUUUACUAAUUUUAACACGCUCUUUCUGGCUGUGGUGAUGGAUUUUGUUCUUCUUGCCUAGAUCAAAAUUUAGUCCAUAGCUGGAAUCAUCCAUUGUAAUUUUCAUGCUUAAAUUAGUCUAUACCGAAAAUGUCAUGACGUCAUGUCGCGGGUUACGGCGUUUUUCCUAUACAUUUGACUGGAAUUUCCCCUGCAGUGAAAAUAUAUAAUAUCCAUUUUUGUUGAUUAUGAAGACGAAAAAUUGACAACACGAACUCGGAUCGGAGAAUAAGACGCGACUUAUUUUGGACCAAGAGGGAACAGUAAUAGUGUGAACCCCUGUUCUUAUCAGAGUGCUAUAGUAUAUAAACGCCUGUAUAUUCUAAAAGCUCACUCACACUCAAAGAGUGGAGGUUCAAUUUGAGCUUCUCUUGAGUGUGAUUGCUGUUUUUGAAUAGCUGGAGGGUGAGUAGUCACAUAGUAAGGUACGCCACUAACCAUCCAGCUAUUCAAAUACAGCAUUGACACUCGAGGGAAGUUCAGAUUGAACCUCCACUCUUUGAGAGUGUGAGUGAGCUUUUAGAAUACAGGCGAAAGUGCACAUGAGUGUUAUUACAUCGUGGAAAAGUUUUAUUAUUUUUCUUUGUUUUGUAGUCUGUCAAAGAAAUAAAAGAAAGCAAGUUUAAAAAAGAUGAUGCAACAAGCAGUUAUUUCACGGAACAAAGUGAUUGUUUGCAAACAUCAUCUGUAAAACGCAAGAAAACAACCCUCAGAAAAAUGUAUGCCAGUAUUUCAAAUGAUUUACUUGACUUAUUGAUAUAAUCUCGUAUAUUGUGUUAAGGACUUCCCUUAAAUGCAAAAUAUGGAGUUGUGGUAUCCAGCUUCAUAUUUAUUUAAUGUCCCUGACAAGCUCUUUAUCUCUUCUCAUCAUGUGUCCAUACCUUCUCAACCUUACUUCCCUCACCUUCUCUGCAAUGUCUACCACCUCAUAUCUUCCUCUGAUCUCUUCAUUCCAUAAUGUCUCUGACCAGCUCUCCUUCAUCUCUUCUCAUCACGUGUCCAUAUCAUCUGAACCUUACUUCGCUUACCUUCUCUGCAAUGUCUACCACCUCACAUCUUCCUCUGAUCUCUUCAUUUCUUAAUGUCUCUGAUCAGCUCUCCUUCAUCUCUUCUCAUCACGUGUCCAUACCAUCUCAACCUUACUUCCCUCACCUUCUUAGUCUGCAAUGUCUACCACCUCACAUCUUCCUCUGAUCUCUUCAUUCCGCAAUGUCUCUGACCAGCUCUCCUUCAUCUCUUCUCAUCACGUGUCCAUACCAUCUCAACCUUACUUCGCUCACCUUCUCUGCAAUAUCUACCACCUCACAUCUUCCUUUGAUCUCUUCAUUCCAUAACAGCUCUCCUUCAUCUCUUCUUAUUACGUGUCCAUACCUUCUCGGCCUUGCUUCCCUCACGAACUUUACUUCUUUAUUUCAUAAUAUAAUGUCUCUGUCCAGCUCUUCUUCAUUUUGUAUUAUUACAAAGGGCAAAGAAAUCAAGGAUAGCGUUGAUUGAGCUACCUUCAUAUCAGAAAUCUAAACCUCAAGUUGUGAUAGUACAAGAAAAUCUUGACUCACAAGCGACCUCGAGUAGAAAUCGUGGCUGUAAACCUGGCCCUAGAAGCACUAAGACUACGGCAACAGCAGUGAUUGACCUAGAGAAAGAACCAGAGGGAUUGAAAGAUGUCAGGUAUCAUACAGAAGGGAACUGUAAAGCUUGUUUAUAAAUUUGACAAAGCUAAACUGACAAGCUUGUCUAUAAAUUUGGAAAUAUUUCUUCAGAGAUCUUGUCUGGUUCGAUAGGAGUUUACUUCUCUGAAAUUUUGAAAUAAACAGACGUACAGAAAUAAACAAACUAAAACAGCAGGUUAAAUUUUAACUCAGGGUUAGCGCUAACCCACCUUUGAACAACCGGCCCCAUAGGUCUAAAAUUGUAUAUCAUUUUUAUAAAUUUCAGUUGGAAAAUUUUAUCUACUAGAAUAACUAGAUAGAACUCAUCUACAUUCAGUUCGUUCGGUGGUGUCCAAAAUCUUGAUUAUUCACCCAUAUACCUGACACUGGUAAUCUGGAAUUACCUUACUAUAUAUACAAGAACUUGUGAUUACUAAUUAAUGCUUAGCAACUAAUCGACUCUGUAGCUCAGUGGUCAGAGAGCUGCACCGGAGCCACAAACCGCAUGUCUAAAGUAGCAUUUUUCAUUCGAAAAUUCCAUCUACUAAAAAUCUAUCUAUCUUACACACCACAUUUCUGUGCGAUAACUUUCGUUCAGCACACAAAUUAUAGGACGGAAUUUACAGCCCGAUCCUCAUGACCUCAAUAUCAGACAUUAGUUGACAUAAGUUGAUAACAAUAAACAUUUUAUUUUUUCUCAUUCUGUUACUUAAAUGUUUAAUCAUUCAGCAAAGUUGAAGAUUUACGGGAUGAUCAAUUGAAGUUCUUGAUCAAUCAAAUGGAGGAUUAUCUGAGAACUAUAUUUCGAGGGGAGGUUAGUCGUUAAUAGUUCUUAUUUAUGGAGCUCUGAUACUAGUGAUAGCAUAAGUUUAUCUCAAUAAUACUAAAGAUCUUUUCUAAUUUUAAUCCUAUUUCCUCCACUCUACCUUCUAGGUAUAUUGCCGAAGACAUGAGGAUUAUAAAAAGGGUGGAAAAUGUAGAGGUAGAAAAAUUCUUCAUUCAUUUGGUAAUUUUGACAUUUCCUGUGACAGUCAAAAGAGAGGUUAAUUUGUUAACUAAUUACGAACAGAAUCGUCUGGCGUUAAGCCUGCCGCACACGAGAGAAAGUUGCUGAGCUAACCGCCUUGCGUAGCGGCUAGCUCAGCUAUGCAUUGUCACCGCACACGUUAGGAAAAUUACUUAACAACAACAUAAUUGACAAAAUCGUUUGCAUUUUCCUCCAUUUUGUUCAAAGUCACAUGAAGAAACUAUGGUUUCUCAUUGGCUAAUUGAUUCAAGCAGCUCAGCACUGAGCUCGCAAUAUCCGCGGACGUUGAGAUUUUUUCCUCGCGGAGUGAAAAAUAUCAAACACGAUAGAUAUUUUCCUCAAGGCCUCGAGAGGUCAAAUCCUCACGAAAACUAUCUGCACAUGAGAGAAACUUGCUGAGCUAGCUGCCAUGCGAGGCGGUUAGCUCAGCAAGUUUGUCUCGUGUGGGGCAGGUUUUAGUUUAGACAGUACAAUACCAAAGUAGGACAUAACAAGAGAUGGUUAACCAGUCUGGUUAACCAUCUUGUUUCAUCCCAAUCGUUUACAUUGUUCUCGUAGACGACUUAAAUUUCCAAGUGGGAAUGGCUCAUUUCAGUGAAGACCAACAUGAAUGUAUUCUCUCUUCUUUGGUGGCUAUGUUUUGUUAUAAAGAUACAAAGGUACAGUUAAGAAUUCCGUGUGAGAAUUCCGUAUUCUGCAAUGAGUUUGAAAGGAAAAUAACGUAGAUAUAAAUUCAGAGGUGAAUGCAGACUAUUAAACAAAAGGGGUACAACCUGCCUUUUUGUAUUAUUUCCCUGGGAAACGAGAGGGAAAAGUUGUCGAAAGUCCUAGAUUUUUAACCUGCAAUCACUACUUUCUUUCAGUACCUGGAUUAUGUUACCAAAGUGAUGCUACCUGAAGCUCUUAUCAAGUUAUACCAGGAUAUUCACAAGACAAGCUUUGAAGAGGUUUGUAACCGCACGUGACCUUAAUAGAGACUCGUGAUUGGUCAAAAAAAUGUGAGGGUUUAAAAACUGCGUUGUUGAUUUAAUAAACAGACCUUAUUUUUUUAUUGCACUCUUGGCCCAAUGGUACGUUCAGGGGCCGGUUGUAUAAAAACGUAGUUAGCGCUAACUGCAGUUAGAAAGUAGUUAAAAAAUAGUUAACUUUAAUCACGUAGUUAAGCCGGUUGUAUAAAAGAGUAGUUAGCCUUAACUGCAGUUAAAAAGUAGUUAAAGUUAACUAUGCUUUAGGGUAUAGUUAACUGUCCAAAACGUAGUUAAAAAUGGCGUUUGUAAGGAGUGAACAACAUUUUUCAGCAAAACAACAAUGAAAAGCAACGGUUACCUGAGAUUUUCAAUCGCUAUCUUCCCUGUGAAUGUUUCCUGACAAUAUAAACUCUUCAAACGCUACUUUUACGAAAACAGAACAUAUUUUUGCACAGGACGAUUUCUCGAAGACGAAGUAUGGUCCAUUACACCAAGAAACACUGAUAUAUAAUUGCCAAACAGCUAUACCUUGGUUUAACGUAGACAUCUCAAGGAAAAACUGCAUUCUUUUAUGAUUUUUGUGGCGGUUUUUCCUUGUUUUCUUGUAUAUUUUUCACUGUUUUGAAUAAAAUUCCCGCCUAUUUGCAAAAUACGAGUCCACAAUCAUGUUGAAAAUGUGUGUCAGCGAUCGUUACUCGCUGCUUACUUUAUGUAAUUUUCUGUUUAAACGCCCCACGCAAACCACACGCACAGUUAACUACGUGAUUAGUUAACUAUCUGACUAACUACGUUUUGUGCAACGCAGUUAAGUCAUGUAGUUAACUAAUUAUAGUUAAGGAUUUAACUACAGUGAUUAACGCUAACUACAGUUAGCGCUAAUUACGUUUUUAUACAACCGGCCCCUGGUCUAUAGCUGGGUUUCAGACACGUGAUACGUUUAGCGCUUGGUGGACAACUCCAAAUGGAACACAUUUAUUGGAUCGAGUUAAAUAUUCAUCAUAAGUAUUGAUCUUGUGUUUGGUAUCAAAUAUAUGUAAUUUAACGAAAUUAACUUGCUUCCACAAGGCAUAAAGCGGCAAUAUGUGUAAAAUUGACCACCAAGCGUUUCCCUAUUGUAUAAGUCGUUUAAUGACUAAUGAGUGAAAUCCACCUAUUGGUAAUACGCAUGCCCAUGCAGAAUGUUAAUUUAUUUAUCUAGGCAGAGGAAUGCUUAUUCAAUGAUACAAUCCGUGAUAAUUAAUCUUCAAUAGUCGUACAAGUUAAAAGGAAAGUAGGCCUAUAUUUAUAUUGUUAAAAACUUGUUAGAAUGUAAACUAAUUUGUUAAAAUGUGAAAACUAUUUAAUGUAAAAAGUUAAACUGGGGUUCAAUACAAAAGACAAGAUUUAAGAAAGUAUUUCUGAGGAAAUGUAUUUAAAUUGUUAUUAAUAUGUUUAAUAUAAUAGUAUAUAUAAGAGAUAAAUAUUUAAUAUAUAGCUAUAUAUAUAAUUAUAUAAAAAUUAAUUUUUCUUUUACAAUUGUGAAUUGUAAUUCAUUUGCAAUAAUUUAAUGUUUUGGUUUUUUGGACACAGAAAUCAUGAUGUUUGACUCACUCUAAUAAAUAUUCAUGUUCAUACUGUGAGAUUUGUGUUGAAAUUACAAAAAAAAAAGAAAAAACUUUGGUGUUCAAGCAUUGGUCAGAAAGUUAGUACUAUUACCUUCUUAUGACCGGCCUUUUUGCAAAACUUCAAAGUAGUUUCAAUAUUUUUUUAUUUUUAAUAGGUACUGGUGAUACUGAUGUAGAUUCUAGACACUAGAUAACUAUUUUUAAAUAUUUCUAGGAAAGUUAAAAAACUUGCAUUUUGUGUUGAAAUUUCUAUCUAUGUUAUAUGUGACAUUUUUUGUGUGGUUAAUUUAAUUUUUUUGCUAAUUUUCAAAAUUAUUUUAACAUUAGACUGCAGCAUUCAUAUGGCUUUGACUACAGGUUUUAAUUGUAUUAUGUCACUCUUCUUGAUAUUCAUGCCUUUUGAACAUUUUCUAUCCACCAUGACAAGGCAAACAAAAGGGAGCACUCCUUGGCUAUAUCUUCGUUAUACAUGAACGAUCUCAAUUCACCAACAGGAAGAUAAAACAACUCAAUUUGCUCGCCUUCAUGUACAUUUCCACCUCCUGCACCUGACACCAGCAUUGGAUCUGUCACCUCUGCAUAAAACAAUGUAUGCAUGUUGCAACUGGUGCCAAGUCCACCCCUCCAAGCGCUAACUCGUUUGAUAUCACCCAAGGGAACGUCAUACCCACACUCCUCGAACACUUCCUCUUUUGCAAUCUCUUCUAGACUUGUUUGUUUGUCAACAAUGCCAGCACAGAGUUCGUAAGAGACGCCACAAGUAGGCGGGGCCGUGUAAGGGAUACUGCUGUCUAUUUUCUGGACAUGUUCUUUAUGUAGAUCAUGACUUUGUUCCACAUGUUGUUCUCUGUUUACUGUCAUAUACAGAGCUG